CAACCAAGCCAAGAGUUCAGAAGGAAGGGAUACGUCGUCAGACUCUCAAUUCAAGAACUCCCGUCAUGAACUUGCCUAACCCGCAUCUGUGUUCGAAUGUAUUAUGUCGACGGUGGUCCAAUCCGCGUUUGGAAAUCAUUCUUUCGAUGCACCCGCAACACAUUUGGAUCGUUUAACCGAUUGGAUUUUUCGGUUGCUGUAAUAUACAUAGGUACGGAUACAUACGCUACGGUUGCUUGUUGCGCCAUUCUUAGUUGGAAGUUGCCGCCAAGUUGGAGCCUCGAAGCAAUCGGAAGGGCAGCGCGAAACCGUCCAACGCCCUGCGCGGCUUAUCUCGUAUAAACCGGAUCGCCGCACGAGCCGGCUACCAUUGACACUGAGGUUCGUCGCUCAAUGAUUGGAUCGCCCACAGUCUGAUGCUUUGCCGCUGUCAUUGGCAUUGCCCCGCGCCGAGGCCGGCCCGUCUGGGAGGAUGCCCGAGGCAAUGAUACCCCCGAGGAGUACCUCUUCCUCGAGCGCACGCCUGCAGUCCUCGCAAGAUGGAACAGCUCCAACUGUGCGCCCGCGAAACCGCCGCUUUCUAGACGGCGCGGACGGUGCUGCAUCUUCCUCGGCCUGGUCGAGUCCAAGCCGAUCUCCAACACGCGAGACAACCCCAAUUCCGGCGGAACGUAUCGGUGCCGUUACUGGAAGGAACAAUCUUGGAACUGAAGCUGCGGGGAGCCCCUCUCGAGCGAAAAUCUCGCCUCCGGGUCGUGGAUUCCUUGAUGGCGGAUGGGCUCCGAGCUGGGCGGCCGUACAAGAUCUUGCCUCCUCGCUGCUUGCCAGCGGGGGGUCGGCGUUGAGUGGGGAGUCUCGCCAGCCACGCAGCAGAGAUGGGAGCAGGCCACGGAAUCACAACAGGCAGGGCGACUCCAGAAACGAUCAUGGCAGCGGCAAAUGGGGUCCAGAACCUCCGGCAAAGGGGAGACCGCACGCGGCCGACAUCGCAGCCGGAUCGCGCGCAGAGAGGGAAGCGACCUUGAAGGCUAUGAGAACAGCAAGCGUACUUGAGAGCUAUGACGGCGUCAACGGAGGGCUAGAUGUUACUGGGAAGUUCAAGAAGCGCAACUCAGAUGAAAUCAUUCGGGAGACGCCGCCAAGUCAAGAGACGGAGGAGUAUCUGGCCUACAUCCACCACGUCCAGCCGACAGACACCUACGCAGGGAUCGUGCUUAGAUAUCGAUGCAGGGAGGACGCCUUUCGGAAGGCUAACGGGUUAUGGUCUCGGGAUAAUAUCCAAGUGCGGAAGUGGUUGGCGAUACCCGUUGAUGCAUGUGAAGUCAAGGGCCGCCCUUGUAACCCGCCAGAUAACCCAUCCUCAAUGGUCGACCUUCUCUCUCGGACUCCGGAUACAACGGACCCGUUUGGCAGGGACAAACAUGGAACGGAGGACGGAUAUUUCUCCAGCUCUAGGACUGAGUCGACCAUGUCUCAUGUAGGGCCUGGCGACAACGAAAAGCCAUGGACACAUGUAAGAUGGGUGUCGAUAGACUCGCACCCACAUCCCGUCGAGGUCGGUCGAGUACCGCGAAAAGCACUAGGUUACUUCCCUCCGCGCAGGAAAAAAAGCCUGCACACCACGUCAACACUCACUACACCACGAGUAUCCAUUGACCUACCGAGUGUCGCUGUGUCCGAGGCGGCCGUGGAGAGCCCGCGCAGCGGUACCUCCCGUCGACCGAGCCUCUUGUCAAACCGCCCGACGCGCAGUCCCUCUUACGGCGAUGCCACCUCCGGCUCAGCACCAAGAAGCAGCCUGAACAGCGACGACGCCAAACCGGCCUGGAUGCGCCGCCCUGGCGGUGUCGGCUCUCUCGGCAGGCACGUGCGCGCGCCGGGCCCGGAGAGGGAUUAUUUCAACGCAUGGGCCAAGAAGCACUUACCAGGGCUAAAUCUCGACUCUCUGCCGUCCAUGUCGGUCAUGGGCUCUGAGACUGCGCGGUUUGGUUUCACUAGAGCAGACGACAACACGCCGGCAGCCAUCGUCGAGAGUCCCUUUGAGGAGGGCCGUGAUGCCGCAUCGACCAGCCGGCAGGGCACGGGGCUCGAUAAGGCCGCCGCUGCAAUCGAAACAUGGUUGAGAGGCGCUCUUGAGCGGGCCAAACAGGCACCUCUCACGCCUGUUCUUGGGCCGCGGCGGAGGUCGUACGCUUCGCCGCCGCCGGGUGAUCUUAUCGAGUUGACGGAUAAUGCUAGCGAUGAUGGGCGCCAUGAAUCCUCGCUGUUAGACUCAAGGAGCCAGCUCAAUCCCGCUUUAGCCACUCCCACGUCUGGAGUACCGGGUGGGUCCUCGGGACGAAGCUCUGAGCAGGGCACCACGAUUCGCGGAAGGGCUGGGGAGUGUCGGCACCCCGUAAAGACGCUAUGGCGCGAAGGGGCGGGCGACAAGUCGGGCGGCCACAACAUCCGACUGACGGUGUGCAAGAACUGCGGGCGGUUCUGUGACAAAUAUGUCGAGCACGACUUUGUGGUGUUGUUCAUCGACCUAGUCUUGAUCAAGCCGCAGGUGUAUAGACAUUUGCUGCACAACACGUUGAUGAAGGAUGAGGACGAGUUUGCGCCAUCCAUCAUCCGUCUCGGAAUUCUCCUGCUCCUCUUCGACGUCUACCUCACGUGGGCGCGCAUCGAGCGCCAGUCUGUCCCCGACGCGGAUCCCGCUAGCGGGAGCAACUUUGGCCGACUGGCGCAACAACCGAUCGUGUUCCAAUACCUGUUCUUCCUAAUCUUCUGCACUCUCUCAACACUAGCCUUCCACAGUUCCAUCCGGUUCCUCACGUCGAGCCGCUACUCGCCGCUGGGCUGGCUGGGGAUCCUGCCGCAGUACUCGCGGCCCAACUCGGUGUCGACGGCGCUGCUCGUGUCGUCGUCGACCAAGCUGUUCCCCAUCCUCAUGGUCAUAUGGGAGUACGACGUGCCCGCGGCCGCGCGCUCGCUGGGCUGGGCAGUCGUCGCCAACAACGUCGAGGCCCUCAAGAUCCUGCUCGACUGCGGCUACGGUGUCGCCGCUCUUCUGGCCACCGCCGGCGCCCUCAGCCGCUGGGCCAUGGGCAGGGCCGUGCUGUGGGCGGCGGGCCUGGAGGGGGUCGAUUCCGCCGGCGAGACUGGGGUGGCUGAAGAUGGGAGAGCGCUGGGCGCUUUGCUGCUGUACUUGAGGGACUGGGCUGGGAGGUUGGCGGUUGGGUAGGCAGGAAGCAAGUUGCGAGACUCGAGAGAUAACAAACGGGGAUGAUUGACGAUUAACGUUGUCUUUUCCUGUCCCCGGGACCAAGUUUGAUGCAACUUUGAAUUAGCUGCCUCUGCAGGAGUGCUUGACUGUACAAGUCCCAAUUUCCCCAAUGUAAGGUGCGCAAAACCUAAAUGUCCCCGGCCCUGACCCCGAACGCCGUCCUGUUCCUUAUACCUAU